UAAGGUUCUAAUUGCUAGGGAAAAUCGAACGAUUUGUUGUAUAUAUUUACGUCAGUAUUUUAUGUUUUACCGUGCGCACGCCAUUCGAAGAAGAUGUGCUAUCUUUAUAGAAAGCUCCUUGUUUUAGAAAUGCCUUUGGAAUGCGAUUAGCAUUCCUGGUAUAUCUGAUCUUAAUGUCAUUUACAUUCACAAAGGCGAAAGGCGAUUCGCCACUGAUUGCGCUACCAAAACAGCGCAAUUGGUCUGUCUGCACGGGAAAAUCUAUAACACUAGAGGUAAUAUUACAAGACGAUGCUAUGCCGUUCAUCGUCAACUGGCGACAUGAGGAAGCGGUGAUGGACGACGUCUCCCAUUUCUCCCGAAGUAAAAAUGGUCGCAUCCUGUAUAUAACAGAUGUCCUGCCACCACACGCAGGAGUUUACAAAGCAUACGUAAGUUCAAGCAGUGGACAGUCCGCAGAGGUCACAUUCGUCGUGGAGAUAACAGAUGUACACGUACGAUCCUUGGUCUCGAGUCAUCUCUCGAUUGAGGAAGGGCAAGAUGGAUUUCUUCGCGUCGAGGUACCUCAAGUCGAGGAUGACGAGAUAUGGUGGUUGCACAAUGGUGAACUCAUCGAUUUUGCAGAAGAAGGCAGCGCGUAUAGCCUCACUGAUACUCAAGAUGACGCUGAGUCCGUACUCAAGAUAGAGAGCUCCAAGGAACACCAUGCCGGGGUGUACGAGGCCGUUGUCAAAAGUGGGGCUUGCCAAGCGCAGACGAUGAUCAAAGUGGAAAUAGCACCUGCUAUCAAGUCAGAUACUUCGAAUGAGGGCGGCAUCAUUCAGGCGAUCCUAUCCGGAGCUGAUUCCGACACCAUCACUCGCGGGGUGAUAAUACUCGGUCCAACCUUGCUGCUCACCCUAAUAGGAUCUCUUGUUCUUAUACGCCGAAAAAAGAAGUCGAUCAGACAUCUACAGCAGGUCGAAGUUAAUGAAUAUUAUGAUGACGAGUGAACAUGAAAUAAGACAGGAGAACACCCCACCAGAUCCCGGAUCUCUUUUCACGUAAUCAAGAAAGCCGAUAAGCACUGGAAAUGUUUAAUCCGCAAGAAAACUAGACAUCAGUGCAUGUUGGUGUUUCGCGGGAAAAACAACAAGAUCAAUUAUUAUAGCGUUUAACCACUUGAAAGUGGGUCUCGUAGAUAUAUCAAUAUAGUAUUACAUUGGUUUGAUUAGUUAGGGAAAAUUCAUGCUAAAUCUUACUUCCUUAAACGUAGAAUUUCAAACGGAAAAUAGAUAGGAGAUAAUCAGAUUGUAAAUAAUAUAGCUAGAACAUUAGGGAAAAUAAUAAAUUGAUGGGGAAAAUGGCCUGUCGUAUAUCAGGGCACCACAGACAAGAUCAGAAGCAAUUUCUAGCUAACCCUUAGGCGUUUUCAGAUAGUGCUCCCAAAAAGCCAGAAAAGUGCUCCCAAAAAGCGCUUAAAAAGUGCUCCAUAAUCAAAAUAGUGCUCAAAUAGUGCUCAUUGGCGAAAAGAAAAUUACCGCAUAUUUUUAAAACAAUUUAGAGAUAAGUUGCGUCCUUAUUAAAAUUGGAAAAAAGAAAGAAUAUCGCUUUUAUUAAAUACAUGCAUUAGAGUAUCUUAUAUUGUUGUCCAUGAACGGGUAAAUCACACUUUAGUGUAUAACAAUUAACUGUAUUAUAAAUGACUUUGGUCUCUUUUGUGUUUGUUUACCAUUGUUAUUUGGAUAUUACUAAAAACAAUGUUCAUUUAACAUCACCAAUGAAAAUAAUAUCAAACCUGAUAACAGACCUUAGUUAUAACAAUAUCCUAACGAUAAAUAAUUUCAAUAGAUGUAAAACAGGAACAUGGCAAACAGAUCUUUUAGAUAAGGCAUUCUAUUGUUGUUAUGAACUCCACAGGCUGCUAUUAAAAUGUCGAAAUCACCAGU